AUGAAUAGAGAGAAGGUUCAGGGGGGAGAUCUCUCAAUCGCUUCUCCGACGGCGUCUUUUGUGGCUGCCCAAACAGCGGUGAUCGUCGUGACCGGUCCAGAAAGCAUGGACAAUCACUGCGAGAAGCGGCUCUCUACCAACGAACUGUCGCUGUUUUCCUGUCCAGGCGGUAUAGACAUACUGCAAGGGGACAGUCGAAACAACUCUCCACGUCAAGAACCGGCUCCAAUAGCAAUUCCAACGGUUCACCGGACCACCGCGUUUUCUGUUUUGGACAUUUUGGACCCAAAUAAGUUUACGAGCAAAAAGCAAAAUCCUAACCGGACCAGCAGUGAAAUCGCCUUCGGGACAGAGAACCGUGGAGAUGAGGGGCUGGUGUACAGAUCGGACGAAUGCGAGAAUGAUUUCAACAGAGACUCCCACUCUGACAGCGAGAUGCAGGAUGACUUGUUUAGUGAGGAGAGCAGCAGUGGACUGACUGAAAAUACCCAGGGGGAACUGGGCCACCGUGAAGACGACGACAAGGAGAGCAAGAGCCCAAGAAGUCCUGACGGACAGCAAACGCAACAGUCAGGGUCGAAUGGACAAAGUCAUCAAGGAAAGCCGAAGCGAAAGCGCUCUGGCUCCGAUUCAAAGUCGGGUAAGCCACGAAGGGCCCGGACAGCAUUCACUUACGAACAACUUGUUGCACUGGAGAACAAAUUCAAGUGCACCCGAUACCUCUCCGUGUGUGAGAGGCUAAAUUUGGCACUGUCACUUAGUUUGACUGAAACUCAAGUCAAAAUCUGGUUCCAGAACCGACGGACCAAGUGGAAGAAGCAGAACCCUGGCGCAGACACCAGCGCCCCGACGGGCGGGGGGCCGAAUGGCCAGAGCAAUGGACUAGGGGGCCUGAGUCCGCUCAGCCCGUCUCCUCCCAUGAGCGGCCAUCUGUCAAUGCACACGAGCUAUGGUCACGGGCCAGGCGGGUUAGUCUGCACCACCCAAUUACCCUUUCUGCCAAGUCAUGCGGUACUGUCACCUUUCAUGUUGGGAUCUCAGACCUACGGAGCGCCUGCGUUUUACACUUCACACCUAUAAAGACAUGGACAUACGUGUGGUUUUACGCCCAAAUAUUAUGUUUUCAGAGGCGUCUUAAAUUAACCGAUAUUAUCAAACGAAUUGACUCCAAUGAAAUAUGAACUUAAAUAACCAUAUUACACAUAAGGUUUAAGAGAACUAAAGACAUGCCCUUACCUAAAGACUAAAAUGCACUUGACGCAAGAUGGGAAGAACUCUGAUGAACAUUUCAUGUUGCUGUUUCGUCAAGGACAUUUAAUGCUCGAAGAAAACUUACCUUUACCAAGGGAAUAAUAUUUUUUAUUAUGCUAAUGUUCUAUUUGUUUUUCAUUUUGAUAGAAUGUGAAUACUCGUGGUCAAAAUGUAUAUAGGCCUACAAAUGUUGACAAAUAUAUGUCUAGCUUCAAAUUUCGAAUGCAGUUC